UAAUUAUGUAUCUGUAUAUCCAUUUCCACCACUUAAAUUUUCCCACAAAUGAGUUCAAAUAAUUGCACCAAUGGCCCCUCUCAAAAUCAACCAAUCGCAAUUACAUCCGUUGAGAUAUCAAUUCACUCUCUCAUAAAAAAACUGGUACAAGAGACAGCAAUGGCAACACAUGUUCAACCCAAGAUCAUCACCACCACCAAGCAAAGCACCCUGGAGAGAUCACUUGGCCGAAUUUCUCGAAUCAAUUCAAAUCCGAAUUCUAGCGAUAUCAUUGCUUCUCGCUGACCUGAUUCUCACCGUCCUCGAACUAUCCUCGACGUUGGUUUCAUGUACCAAAACGUUGCUUUCGGCUAAGACGGUGGCUUUAGCGGUGGUUCUUGGCCCCGGAGGGUUCUUGAGAAGGCCCGGCAACGUUGUCGACGGCGUCGUUGUCAUUGGAGCACUGGUUUUGGAAGCCAUUGUGGAGGCGAAAGGCGGAGGAUUGCUUGUGGUAGUGAGUUUAUGGAGGGUGGUGAGGGGGGUGGAAAGUGCAUUGGAGUUGAGUGAUGAAGCCAUUGAAGCACAGAUUGAAGGCAUCGUUUACCAAUUUGAAGCACUCAGAGAUGAAAAUUUGAGGCUUUUGGAAACCAUUGCUAGGAAAGAUGAGACAAUCGAGAUGCUGGAGAGAAGUCGAUCAAUAUAGGCAUGCUAUAAAUCCGAACGAACAGAACCAUAUCGGUAUCGGUCGUGCCUACCGAUCAAAAUAUUGUUUCAAAAUAGUACCGAUCAGAACAUCAUUUUUACUGAUCGUGAUUCAAGACCGUUCACCGGAGUCUAUAGUCAUGAAAGUA